UGUGUUUAAUUACUUCACAUUAGUUCGACUUCAGAAUUGGAGAGGUCACACCCAAUUACAUUUUUGAUAUAUUUGAAAUCACUGGUCAUACCCUAUAAACUUUUCUGAUUUUUAAAACAAAGCAAAAAUCACGUGCUGAGAUGUUGUUGUUUAUUAAAAUGAGCCUUGAUUACGCACUUAAAAUACAGAUGUCGGUUAUUUGCAAAAUAGUUCCAAAUUGUAUUAAAGUAAAAAUUCCAAAGAAGCUUUGAAAAAAUGAAGCUGUUUAAAAGUGGAAAAGGGUCUUUUGAGUGCAGAAUUUUGCUUCUUGAUAAUACAGAGCAAAGACACACUCUUACGAAUAAAUCAUUUGGGGAUGAGUUGUUAACAAAGGUUUUUGUUGCGUUAGAUUUGUAUGAAAGAGAAUAUUUUGGAUUAAAAUACAGAGACAGAAAUGGUCAAAGUCAUUGGCUCGAUCCAACUAAACUUGUUAAAAAGCAAAUCCAAACAAACUUCAGCAUACCUGUAUAUACAUUUUACUUCAAUAUUAAGUUUUAUGCUGCAGAUCCUACAAAACUUCGUGAAGAAAUUACGAGGUAUCAAUUUUUCUUGCAGAUUAAAAAAGAUAUUUUUCAGGGCAGAAUUGUUUGUGAUUUAAAAACAAUAGCAGAACUUAGUUCAUAUGCUGUGCAAUCAGAACUCGGAGAUUAUGAACCAUCUAUACAUACAGGGAACUUUAUUUCACAGUUUCGGUUUCUUCCUAAUCAGACAAAGGAAUUUGAAGAUCAAGUAUUUGAAAUGUACAGGAAAUUGAGGGGGGUUACACCUGCAGAUGCAGAACUAAAGUUUUUAGACCGUGUAAAAUGGUUGGAGAUGUAUGGAGUUGAUUUACAUUCUGUUAAAGGUCAAGACAAUAUGGAGUAUUUGCUUGGAUUGUCUCCAACAGGAAUUGUGUUAUUUCGAAGUAAAAAUAAAAUUGGUAGUUUCAUAUGGCCUAAAAUCACAAAAUUGAAGUACAAAGGAUAUUGUUUUUUACUUAGAGCUACCCAAGGAAGAAACGAAGAAGAAAAAGAGUAUACUUUUUUGUGCAAUGACAAAGAGUCUGCAAAAAGUCUUUGGAGAUGUUGUGCAGAACAUCAUACUUUCUUUCGGCUUGAAAAAGUGAAUGAUGUUCCUGCAUCUGCUCAUAACUUUCUGUUUAAAAAAGGUUCAAAGUUUAGAUUUAGUGGUCGAACACAACAACAACUAGAAAAAGAAGUUGAUACAAGACCAAGGAUUCAACCUUCAGUUUACAGGACACCCAGUCUAAAACGCAAUCAACCAGAUCAUAUUUUGGAAUCUCAAGAUCAUAAUAAAUAUGAUCAAGCUGGAAGAAAUGGCUCACACUUUGAUCUGUAUUCCAGUGGUCAACAAAAUUCUUUUCAUACUCGUCCUUUAUCUGCCGGCAUUGAAAGAAGAAUUACACCCAAGUAUCAAGGGUCAGGUUAUAGUUCAGCUGGCGAAGCAGAACAAAAGCGUAGAAGGAAUCACUAUUAUAGUGGGUAUACCAGUUCAGGGGUGCCCGAAGAAGUUCAAAAUAACAACUCUAGAUAUGGAUCAGCUCCUAAUGUUCAAUAUAAAGCAAGUAACAUAUUGCCAAAAAAAAAUUUAACUCCUGAUCGACAGAUCCUACCUGAUCAAAAGCAUUCUCCACUCGGUUAUGAACCACAGUAUACAACUGGAUCAAAGAGUGAUGGUGAAGAAAAUAAUCGCAACAACAGGCGCCGUAUGUACAAUCGACCUGGUAAAUCAGAAACUGAUAGUGAAAUGGUUGGGCCUUUAGAUAUUUACCAUAAUAAUGCAGGUGUCCAGAAUCGACGACCACAGCAACAUCGCCAUGAUAGACGCUCCCAUCGCCAUCAUCGUCACACUUAUGACCCCACUCAAGCAGAAUUACUAUUAGAACUUGGCCCUAAUGAAGUUGAAACCAAAGAGAUUCAUUCUGCAAAUUAUAUAAUGCGAAGUGGCAGUUCUCUUCGCAACUCUUCGCCAAGUGUUUUUCAACCUAAUUCUCAUAUUCCUUCACAGCAAUACUUGCCGCAAUAUUUACCACAACACUUGCAAAGCAAACAAUAUCCGGUUUCAAAAACUCGAUCACCAGUCGAUCGACAGCGCUCUAAUGAGUUUGCAAAUUAUCAAGUAUCUACUGAAUUGUAAAUAUUCGAUCGUUUGUUCAUCAAUUAAUAUUUUUUAAAUACAUUAUUUAUAAAAGUGUAUGAUAUAAUAAUACAAAUAAUA